UUGCUUGAUCUAAAUAUCAGCGGCGCUCUCUCGGUCUAUACUUAUCCGUACCGCGUGGACUUGUCGACCCGGGUUAAUGAUCAAUCACUUCCUGUAAUCUGAAACCACAAUCAUGGAAGGACCAGUGGAUCCUGAAUCCAUCUAUACGAAACAGAGCUGCAUUGGUGGUGGAAGCUUUGGGCGAGUUUACAAAGGUGUCGAUAACCGGAGUGGCAAACCCGUCGCGAUCAAAGUCGUUGAUGUCGAAGAUGCCGAAGACGACGUCGAGGAUAUUAUCUCGGAGAUUGCGAUUCUCUCUGAACUCAACUCUCCCCAUGUUACGAGAUACUAUGGUUCGUUUUUGAAGGGGUCCCAUUUGUGGAUCGUCAUGGAGUUUUGCUCUGGUGGUAGCUGCUCAGACUUGUUGCGUCCCGGAAAAAUAUCGGAGGACUACAUCAUGAUCAUUCUCAGGGAAUUGCUUCGUGGCUUGGAAUACCUGCACAAUGAUCAGAAGUUACAUAGGGAUAUUAAAGCCGCAAAUAUCCUUUUAACUGCAGAUGGCCAGGUAAAAUUGGCAGACUUUGGCGUCUCUGGGCAGUUAUCAGCAACCAUGACGAAAAAGAACACGUUCGUUGGUACGCCUUUUUGGAUGGCCCCGGAAGUUAUCAAGCAAUCUGGUUACGACUACAAGGCCGACAUCUGGUCUCUGGGGAUCACGGCAAUUGAACUAGCUUGUGGAGAGCCCCCUUACUCUGACAUCCACCCCAUGAAGGUCUUGUUCUUGAUUCCCAAGAACCACCCGCCGAUCUUACAAGGAGACGAGUUUAGCAGAUACUUCAAGAACUUUGUCGAACUCUGCUUGCGGCGUGAUCCCAGAGAACGACCUUCGGCCAGGGAACUGCUCGAGCAUCCAUUUAUUAAGCGUGCUAAAAGGACGACCUAUCUAACCGAGUUGAUCGAACGCCAUGAACGCUGGCAGAUAGAAAAGGUAAAUGAGAAGAAUAAAGAUAAUGGCGAGACGCGGACGCCUGACUUGAGUUAUAUGUCCUUCCACGAUGCACCAACUCAACAGGCAGCCCGUCAAGAAGUGGAAGACGAUGAUCUUUGGGACUUUGGUACUGUCCGCCCAGGAGUACGCGGAGCUGGCCUGAAGCCGAUGAAAGACGCAGAUACCAACACCCGGAACCAAGGACAUGUGGAGUGGGAUUUAAGUGACCAACCCCAAAGGAACCAAAGGAAACCUAGCGGUCCUCAGCCGAUGCCGCCGCAAAGGAACAGUUUCCAAGCCAUUCCGAAUCCGUCGCCGUCGAAAGUGCCUCUUCCACCAUCUCCCGUCAAGCCGAUACCCAUACAGAACGUGCCCCAAACGCCUACGCACCUUCAAGGGCCCACCGUAUUUUCACAAAAGGAAAGCCCUAGCACAAGCGAGUACGACAGGGAACUACAGCAAUCAUUGGUACAGGACUUAGGAUUCCUUCAGCUGGACCGCCCGGCGGAUGUUCGAUUACCUUCCCGAGAACUGAAGGCAGAGUCAACCGAGCAGCUCUCCCCAAAACCUCCAACGCAACCUGUGAAAGCAUCUUCACGUCAAGGACACAUCCCAUCACCACCCCCACAUAAGUCUCCUAAGAUUCCCAACCAGGGCUUCAUGCCAGCCCCAGAAGUACGUCCCCAGCAGCCAGCAUUUGCUCAACCCCAUGUCCGCCCUCCACCAACCCCCAAACACAGGUCGCCACCGCCGCAGCCGCCUUCGCAGCCACAGACACCAACGCGUAACACGCAAUCACCAAAGUCUCCCGCGACGUCCACUUUCAACAACGCAAACUUCCCUCGCGGAGGAGCUGGGGCCAGUUCACAUGAUAUCAACAGGCCGCCGCAGCCGCUGACGCCAACGCGUAAUCCGCAAUCCCCUACGGCUUCUGCUUUCAACAACGCAAACAACUUCCCUCGUGCCAGCUCACACGAAACCAGACCGUCAUCUUCAUCAAAUGAGGUCACAGCCUUGAAUAGCGUCCUUGUUCCUGCAUUGAAGGCAGCUAUACGCCGUCGUUCCCGCCGAAUGGAGCGUCUUCGACGGAAUGUCGGAAAUGAGCGAAGCAGCGAGGUGAUCGACCUUCAUGAACGUCGCGAAUAUGCACACGAUAUGAUCGAGUCUCUCGUGAGUGACAUAUCUGGGAUGUUCACCAGGAUCGAGCGGUUAGAUCAAGAAGCUCCGAUUGGCAUGGGUGCAGACGUGUCGUCUUUCUUAGAAGGAUUUCUUGAAGAAGUCCUAGUUAGGAUCGAACCGGCUGAUGAAGAGCCGAGUCCUGGUAAACGUUGAGCUACACCACCUGGUCACCUUGUUGCAUUGCCUUUUCUAUCUACUUCAUGAUUGUUGGGUGUGGCGUUGAUACUCUUUUAUGUCAUUGUUUGGGUAUGGGAUUUGCAUUAUCGAAGCAUCAGAGGUUAGAUACGUACAUGUUUCUCUUUCUUGAUAAAAUGUGUUGCUAUAUGUUUGAUUCAUGAAUGGAAAGAUUUUUCUUAUGGGA